AUGGCUGAUCAAAUCUUGCCUGCUAACAUUCCAAACAACAACAUUCAAAACAACCAUAACAAUGUAGUCAUUCCGCCCCCUGCGGCAGCUCAAGGCGUGCCAGCGCAGGUAGUAGAGCAGCUGAUACAACAUCAGAACUUCAAUGCCGUCUUUACAAAUAUUAACGCGGGCAGGGAGGAGGCCCUGUCGAGAAGAUAUACAGACCUAGAGCAGAAUCGGGAGGCGUCGUGCCCGAAGGCGGUCAAGUUCAUGGCGGCAUGGAUUCGGGACAUCGGAUCCAAAGUCUACUCAGCACAUUCAGCGCUAAAAGUCAUUCAGGCUACAGUCGCGGACGUUGGGCCUGUCGUGGACAUCCUCCAACAAAGCAUCUUCAUCAUGGACUUGCUCUACGCGUCCUGCGACGCUGGUGGUCGGUGCCACCAGUAUCAUCUAGAAGUAAUGCAGCAGUACUUCAACAACAACCGACAUCAAGCCGUCAGUCCGACGGCAGAAGUCAAGGCGGAUACAGACCGACUCUACGACUGUGGUGAGGAUCGCUUCCGGCGCGCUGUCCGGGACGUUAAGGACCGGAUGGGGACUAACCCGCUGCAGGAGGUGCAGAACUUUGGCGGCCGUGGCAACAGCCGCAGCCGGGGUGGAUACGGGGCCCAGCGCUUUCACCCCUACCAAGGCGGCGGGGCAUACCCCAACUUUAGCGGCCACCAACAGUUCAGUGGCCAGCCGCAGUUUGGUGGUCAGCAGCAGUACCACCAGCCCCCGCCCAUGGGGCCUAUGAUGCCGGCCGGCCGUGGCCGUGGCCGGGGACCAAUGUGA